UCGUGCAAUUCCCGUGCAAUCGCCCCCAUCGAGGGCAAUCGAUUGCGUCAGCGCAGACAGCGCCGCGCAAACGCGAAACAAACUCCACACGGCCUGUCGCGCUCGCACCGGAUGAAUCUGAUGAGCUCUAAAGCUCUUCAUCUCUCUCUCACAGAUGUUCAAUUGAACCACCACUGGCUCGCAACGACCACCACCCCAUCGCCAACGCGUCCACCACCACAACAACCUUGCACCACCACCACCGCCAAUGUGCGAGGAUUUCUGUUGGUCGACGGGCAAGCUGGAGGAGAUGGUUGAGCUGUACCGGGGCAGCCCGUGCCUCUACGACGCGUUGCUGCCCGACUACCACGUGAAGUGGAAGAGGAAACGGGCUCUGCGGGAAAUGGCGCAACGACUCGGCACCACCGAGGACGAAGUCUCGAGAAAGAUCAGAAACCUCCGCACAGUCUACUCUAAGAAGAAGAGAGAGGGCAAAAUCAGGCGUGGCGGAGACGCCGGCUGCGACGCGUCCAGGCAGACCUGGUGGCUACUGCCGCGUCUGGAAUUCCUUGACGACUUUGUCUGCCCCAAGAAGACCAUCUCCAAUGUCUCCUCCUCCUCCAGCUUGCAGGUGGAACGCGUCGACGACCAGAGCAGUCACGACGGGGGGGAGCAGAAACGGGACAGGGAUGGAGCUGACCCACCAACCCCUUCCGCAAACAUCACGGACAUCACACACUCCAUGGACACCUCCACGCACAGCCCUGAAUGUACACCCCGGAGGCCACAAUUUCCAAAGCCGAUGUGCAGAGACAAAGGGAACGCCGUCGCAGCAGGAGGCAGUCAGCUGAUGGAAUCGGCCAUGAGGUGCGUGGAGGCGCACUCCGCCCGGCUGAUGAGGGAGGACGACGAACACGAUGUGUUUGGUCGCUUCGUCGCCAACGAGCUACGCUCCCUGCCAGACACUGAGCGCAGGCGUUUGAAAUACAAACUCCUUGCUGCACUUCGAGAUGCGCAGUCCCCCGCAGCACCGCGGAUAAGUGCCUCCUACGCGGGGCACGCCGCCAACGCGACCCGGUCACCCACACCGAGCUCACCGUGAAUAUCGUCAUCCUCGUCGUCAUUGGCCACGACCAAUCCACUGCUGGAUGAUAGGCCCCCCCCCCCCCCCCCACAAGCUCUCGCCAUCUCUCACGAGUCCGCGAUGUGCACGAUGGCAGCAAAUAUAUUCAGGAGCUCGAUGCCAGAUGUCGAGGUCUGUUCGCCACGAGAGGUUUUCAGGAGGGGUUUGUGGUUUUGCUGUUCCUCCUCCGUUGAAAGAGCGCAGUCUACAAUGUGGUACUUUGUAGCCCCGACCGCACUCCUGUGGCUUGUCUUUCAUUCUCCAUCUAUGAAGGAGAUGUGUGCAUUGGCCUGUUGAUGUCGUGAUGCGGUUCAUGUUUCCAUCGGUGUCUUCCAGGAAUGUCAAAUCCAGGAGGUGCGUGAUGUUUGGGUCUCGAAUGAGGAGGUGUUUAUUCUGGACAUCCACGUUGUUCCACUCUGUUCGCCAGCGGUAUACCAGGAGAGGAUAACAUCAUGCCACCAUGGCGCUCCUUAAAUAAAUGAAUAAAUUAUCUUAUGUCUAUAUAUUAAUCACACUCAGCUAGUUGGGCUCAUAGUCAACCGAGUUUGUGUUUUUGCUCCUGUUUAACGUUCACAGUUUUACCGUUUGAAAUGUGCUGCAAUGUUCAGUUCUCCAUUUGCCGUUAGUGUUGUGAAUGAAGAUGUAUUAUUGCACAGGAAGAAAUUGGUCUUGUGCGUGGGUGUGUGUUUAAAUGCACUGUCUGAUCUAUUCUCAGAGGCAUCUUUGCACGGAACGGAAGAGUGGUUCAGUUGGAAGUCGCUCAUUCUACUCUGCCUGUCCCCUAUCAUACCGUGUCAGCCCAUACUGUUUACCCGUAUUCUUGUACAGGGAAAUUGAGUUUCCAGGUCCAUACGGCAUACAGCCGUUUAAAUAUAGGCAAAAAAAGGUAUUUGUGUUUCCCCCAUGUGAUGGGAUAUUUGUAGGAUGAAAAUUUAGAUUUAUAAGGGCACAGGGUGACCAACAAGGUCUGAAUUGGUCUGAAAUAAGGUAUGACCUAUGGUCUAGCCCAGUGUUCUUCACUAAUUUUCAGAGGAUGGGUGGCGACUUUCGCUGAUAAAACAUCAGCAGUGUCAGGGGUUCGCCACAUAUGAAACCAUUGGGGGUUUGUGACAGCAGAAGGAUGAUGAUGAUGAUGGGGGUGUUUCCACUAUGUGUAUUGUCGGGGAGGGGGGGGUGGCGCACGUCAGGGGCCGCACUAAAGGCCACCAGGGGCCGCCAGUGGCCUGUGGGCCUUGCGAUGAGGAACUUCUGUUAAGAUGUUCAAAUACCAAAAAGAGAGGGUAAAACCUAUUCUUAUUUUUCAUACUUUGAUACUGGCAAAAAAGUUCCCAUUAUAUAGCUGCUCACCCCGAGCUAUAAAUGCCCUCAUAGUGCAUUGGCUUUGUACUGUUCGUCUUUUGGCGUUCUCUGGUCUGACACUGGUGGUGUGACUAGGCCCUAAAGAAGGCUGCUGUCUCUGGUAUAGGCCAAUCAGUUUAACAGACAAUGCCAAAUAUUAUCAGUGCAUAUUUAUUUGAAUGUUUUUGCCACAAGUAUGCCUCCAUAAUACAGUUUUUUUUGGGUUAGAUCGCGUAAAUAUAUAAAUGUGUCAUUAAACCCGCCGCCAUCCGACACAGCCAAUUAGUAAGGUUUGUCACGUAAAUAGAACGUGGCAAUUCGUCACUAGUACAGCACACUGGUGUGUUGGAGAGCUAAGGCGGGUUUAACGACAUUUAUGCGAUCUAACCCAAAAAAACUAUGAUGGAUAUUGGUUGUGAAAGCCGACGUGUUAAACCAUCUUAAUGCCUUUUGUAUUGCCAGAAAAGGUAAACCCUAUUAUUUUUCAUACUUUUGUAGAGACACACUUAGAUGUCUCUGUGGGUCGCGCCAGCCACAGUGCUGGAGGGGCGCCGAGCGCCGGGUGCCUCGAUUGGACGAGCUAAGGGCACGUAACCAGAAGCGGUGCCUCGAUUGGAGGAGUUAAGGACACGUGGCCAGAAGCGAGGCGCGCUGGUUUUGAUACAGAAAGGGGCGGAGCCGGGACCAAGGGAUAAAGGGUGAGCGCCGGGGGAUUCGGGACUCGUUUGGGGGAUCAAGCUAGCUAACACACAU